GCACAGUGAACAGGCUGUCUUGACCACUGGAAAUCCAAGACAAAGGUCUCAUGCUGCGUCUUAGUCCGAGGAAAGAUUCAGCAUGGAAUAUAUCUACCUUCCAGUGAACCUAAGAUGUGGUCUGCCCUUCGCUUUUUUAUUAGCAGUGUCUCCAGCCUUGGCAAACAUUAGGCUCAUAAAUGGGACGCAUCGUUGUGCUGGAAUAGUUGAGGUUCUUCAUGACGGUCAGUGGGGUACCAUAUGUGGUGGCAAAGCCUGGAAGACCGACAGUGCUGAGGUGGUUUGCAAAGAGCUUGGAUGUGGGAGACUCCGUUGGACCGAAAAACAUGAUCGAAAAACCUCUCAGCAUAUUUGGCUUGACAAUGUUGACUGUGAUGGAAAGGAGUCCUCAGUGAAGAACUGCGGCCACUGGCCUUGGGGUAACCACCGUGCAUCUAUCUGUGAACGGUCCAACGCGGGCGUUGUCUGCUUAAACACCUCUAAUUCAGCUGAUAUGAGGCUGAUAAACGGGUCUGACCGCUGUGCUGGCCGAGUGGAGGUUUAUCGUGAUGGACAGUGGGGCCCUGUGUGUGAUCAUCACUGGAAUAUGACUGAUGCUGAAGCGGUUUGCCAGAAGCUGGGCUGUGGCUAUGCCCUUGAGGUGGUCAACUCAGUCCAGAGAGGGAGGAUUUAUGAUUGUGGACUUGGUGAAGGUGCUGCUGAGGUUGUCUGUUCAGCCGUCAGGCUGGUGAAUGGGCCUAAUCGAUGCGCUGGCAGAGUGGAGGUUUUCCACAACAGAGAAUGGGGAACCGUGUGUCAUGACUUCUGGGACAUGACGGACGCUAAAGUGGUCUGUAAAGAGCUGGGCUGUGGGGAGGCCAUUGAAGCACCAAAGGAUGCUCAUUUUGGAGAGGGAUCAGGGCAGAUCUGGCUGGAUGACAUGUUAUGCACUGGAAAUGAGUCGACUCUGAUGAGCUGUGGUCAUCAACGUCUGGGAACCCAUAACUGUGGACAUCACCGAGACGCUGGGGCUGUCUGUUCGGGGUUGAUUACUACCAUGGUAGAAUGCAAGGAUGUGAAGUGUAAGCUCCGUUUUCUGGGUGAACUGAAAAAGAACACAUUAGUGCUACCUGAGAGGGUAUUGACCAAAGCACUGGAUUAUUUACUGGACAUUAACCAACCGAAUCUGACAUCAUUUGGAGGAGCUGUGGUUCAAUCUGCUGAGUGGCUGGCAUCUAGACUGAUGCAAACCGGUCUCACCAACAAAACAAUUACAACAAAUAACACAGAGUUACAGAUUGUGAGUGUUGGAACAAAUGCCUCUCUAACUGCACACACUCAGCUGAUGUCUUCUGACGUCCUUCUGGACAUUGACCUCCUGGGAAUCGCCCAGAAUAACAAUGGUUCAGCAUCUGUGGUAUUGAUGUCCUACAAAAAUAUGCAGGAUGUCCUUCACGCCAGCCUCUUCAAAACAGAAAAUGACACAACUAAGACCAUGUUGUCAAAAGUGGUGUCAGUCAUUUUACCGAAAACCCAGAACAAGACACUGCCAAGUCCAAUCAACAUCACCUUCCAACACAUCAAAGGGCCCUCAGAUCUAAUUGGGGAGGUCUCUUGUGUGUACUGGAACAUUAGUUCAUGGAUAGAGGAUGGAUGUCAAGUCAGCCAAACCAACACCGAACACACUGUGUGCACCUGUGUCCACCUGUCUACCUUUGCUCUCAUCAUGCAGACAGAGAUUUCCAAGAGCGAUCCAACCUUGGAGUUGCUGCAUACCAUCUUGGUGUCGAUUGGGUUGGUGUUCCUGACCGUGGCUGUGGUGACCUUUGCCAUCUGCCGGUUUAACCCCAGAGUGACCAACGCCGCUCGUCUCAACCUCUGCAUCUGCCUGCUGCUAGCUCAUCUCCUGUUUCUGCGCACCCAGAACUACCUGCACCUCAUUAAACCUCACCAGGUGCUGUGUAAGGUCCUCUCAGGUGUGCUGCACUUCCUCUACCUGUGUUGCUUUGUGUGGAUGUCCAUGGAGGCCCUGCUGCUCUUCUCCUCCGUCAGGAAGCUCAGACAGGUCAAACCCAACGACCGCGCAGGGCCACACUGGGGUUACAAGCUCCUGAUUGGCUACGGAGUUCCACUGGUCAUUGUGGCCGUGUCUGCUGGGGUGAUGCCUGAUGGAUAUGGAAGUCAGCAGUGCUGGCUCAAGACCGACUAUGGGUUUAUCUGGAGUUUCCUUGGUCCUGUUUGCCUCAUUCUUGCGGGGAACAUCAUACUCUUUAUCACCAUCAUAGUCACUCUGCAGUCCACACUAAAAGAGGCACGCAGUGAUGUGUCUAAGGUGAAAUACACAAGAGUCCUACUGUUCAAAAUCAUGGCCCAGUUUGUCAUCCUGGGUUGCCCAUGGAUCCUUGGCAUGUUUACAGCAAAGAGCAAAGUCCUUGAAUUUAUCUUCAUAAUUCUCACCUCACAACAAGGCACUUUCAUCUUUCUUGUUCACUGUCUCCUGAAUGAUGAGGUGCGGCGUCAGUACAAAAAAUGGUGGCAGGAAUUCAGUCCACCUGAGAAAGAUCCGUCUACCACUGCUACCACAUUGGCCUUAAAUGACUACGUCACAACAGGAACUCAUUAAGAAUGACCACCAAAGACUUAAGGGAACCCAAUGGAUUCACUUGACAACCAAUUAAAUUCUGUGUGAUUCUCCAUGGGCUUUGCAAUCAACCAUGCAGUACUCAGCAUCCCAUUUUGUGAUACAGAAACGAUUAAUACGAUUCAUACUUUGCUUACACAACAGCCGUAAAAUCCAUCUAUAGGCUACCAGAUCUGAAAGGCCUGUCUUUAACCUCCUCAGUAAACCUGCUACGUUAUCAUGUCCAUAUUCAUUUAUCAAGAUCCUGGUUCCUGCUUUAAAUGUAGGCCUAUAUGGGAUUGUUUAUCUGUUUGAAUUUCAAAAUCGACUAAAAUGUGUAGUAGGCUAUAAAUAGGCUAUGUAUAGGCCUAGCUUAGUUUUUUUUUUAAAUGCUAUUAUUAUUGU